AUGAACACUCUGGGCAGUAGCGGGAGUGCUGGUGCCGAGGCACCACUCGUUGGCGGCCCUGAUGCCCUCACGCUGCAGACCAUCAAUGAGCAGCAACUCAUCAUCCUUCGCCAGAAGGAGCUCGUCAGCACCCUCAAGGAGUGCGUAGAGGAGCUCGGGGCCCAACUGCGGCGGGCCGGCGUGAAACCGCUAGAGGCCGCGCAGAAGGAGGAUGGGUGCAAAGGCACACUUUCCUACGUAUCUGAGAUGCAACUGCGACGCCGCGUGAGGACGCUGGAGGACGAGAACAAGAAGCUCAGCGACCUCGUCGACGAGCUGCGCGCGGAGGUGAGCGCCAUUUCAGCGCAGCUGUGCGCCCAGCAACUGCACACGCAGAGCGAGAAGGAUGUGUGGAAGGCCAAGGUGAGCAGCGCCGAAGCGAAGAGUGUCGCCACCGCGCACCUUCUAGAGGCGACGGGCAAGCGCAACCAACAACUAGUCCACCACCUCGAAACGCUCCGUAGGGAAGGCGAGGUCAGCGCGUACGAGUGCACGCAGUGGCGAUCACUGGCGACCACCGCGGUCAGUCAUCUUGAUCACGCAAACCAGCGCUACGCAAGAGCCCAGAUCAACUCCAUUGAGGAGGAUGUGCAUCGCUAUGCCGUAAACCGGCUUCGCUUGGUGCGUGUCGCCGCAUCGGCUUCUUUAUCACUUGACAGCGGGACGCCGGAGGAGACCCGAAAAAUAUGGAGCCGCAGCGCGCAGCUACCGAAGUUGCAUCCCGCACCGCAGGUAUUUCAGCAGCAGCAGCAGGAGCCGGUGUGCUCGCCACUUCACGUGUCGUACAAACGGCCACUCUCACAGCUGCUCCCUUGUCAACCACCCCAGCCCACGACAUCGUACUCGUUGCCCCCGCCAACAGCCGAACACGUGAACGCGGAGACGCAUCUGUCGCCGUCGCAUUGCGCCGCUCUCGCACAAACAUGA